UUCAUUCCUCCAUCUCGUUCCGCCGCCCGCCUUUCUGACUCACCGCGAUGUCCCCAGCUCUUAUCGACGGCGCCGACCAUCCCAACGGCCUCUCGAAUGGCAAGCACAAGCCUGCGCUCGACGGCUUCGGCACGCGCGCUAUCCAUGUCGGCUCGGAGCCGGACCCAUCGACGGGCGCGGUGAUCCCGCCGCUCUCGCUCAGCACGACAUACAAACAGAGCGCCGUCGGCGUCCACGCUGGAUUCGAGUACUCGCGCUCCGGGAACCCGAACCGAAACGCGCUCGAGGCGCUCCUGGCAUCGCUCGAAGUCGGCGGUGCAGACGCGCUUGCGUUCGCAUCCGGCUCGGCUGCGACGGCUACUGUGCUGCAAAGUCUGGGCGCCGGCGCGCACGUCGUCAGCGUGAACGAUGUAUACGGAGGCACGUUCCGAUACAUGACUCGGGUCGCGGCGGAAAACCAGGCUGUGGAGACUACGUUUGUGGAUCUGGAGAAAGCGGACGAAGACUCCAUAUUGGCUGCGUUCCGCCCCAACACGAAGUUGGUCUGGAUCGAGUCGCCAACAAACCCAACGCUGCGCGUCAUCGACAUACCGGCCGUAGUCCGACUCGCGCAUGCGCAUCCCUCUCGCCCAGCUGUACUCGUCGACAACACCUUCCUAUCGCCCUUCUACUCCUCGCCGCUCCUUCAAGGCGCCGACCUUGUCUUGCACUCCCUCACGAAGUACAUCAAUGGACAUUCGGACGUCGUCAUGGGCGCCGUCAUCGUUCCUCCUCAGCACAUCACCUCACCCUCGUCAUCGGGCGAGAAAUCGCUCGGGGAGAAGCUUCGAUUCCUGCAGAACGCCAUCGGAGCCGUGCCUAGCCCGCACGACUGCUGGCUCGCCCAACGCGGGCUGAAGACGCUGCACCUGCGGAUGAAGGCGCACGGGACGAACGCGCUCGCCCUUGCGCGGGCGCUGGAAAAGAACGCGCACGUCGAGGAGGUGAUUUACCCCGGCCUCCCCAGCCACCCGCGGCACGAGAUCGCCAGGCGCUCGCUCGCGCCGCACGCGCAAAAGUUCGUGGACUCGUUGCCCAAGGAAGACGAUGGCGAGGGCGGGUUCCCGUACGGCGGGAUGAUUUCGUUCCGCAUCCGAGGGGGCGCGGAGGAGGCGGACGCGUUCCUGCAGGCGACGAGGUUGUUCACGCUGGCGGAGAGCUUGGGCGGGGUCGAGUCGCUGGCGGAGCUGCCGGCGAAGAUGACGCACGGGAGCGUGCCGCCCGCGGAGAGGGAGAAGCUCGGCAUUGGCGAGAACUUGGUCCGGCUCAGUGUCGGCGUUGAGGAGGUCGAAGAUCUGAUAGCGGAUGUGGAGAGGGCGCUCGAGAUCGCUGUGGGCGGUCGGCAUUCGAGGAUGAUCAGCGGAUUUUCCUUGAGCGCCUUCACGAUCCUCGCCUUCGCCCAGCUUGCAGCAACAACGCAAGUGAUCCCCGCAUCGUCGCACCUCAUCCACUAUCACGGGCGCUGGGACUCGAUACCCUCCACAUGGUGGCCCGGAUCAGGGUUCAAACUCGCAUUCUCUACGGCACCUAAAAACCUGACGCUCAACGUCGGCGCCUCCGUGUCCACUCCUCCGAUCACCGUCUCCGCCCGGUUCGGCGACGUUGGCGAAUGGGUCACGCUCAACCUCACCGCGGGCGCAAAUAUCGUCCCGCUCACCUCGGUCGGGCUCGUGGACACGAAAUCGGCGGUCUUAGAUGUGGUGACGCAGUUUGAGGGUGGGACGGCGCGGCUGGAAUUGCAGUCGAUUGAGCUGGACGACGCUGCGAAGUUGACCACGUACACACCGAAGAAGCUUGCGUUCGAGUUCAUUGGGGACUCGCUUACCGCGGGAUACCUCUCCGAGCGCGGCGUCGUCGAUGAUUGGAGCUUCAAGGUCGGCGACUAUUUCAAGGCGGAGCACAAUCAGAUCGCGCAGUCGGGCGCGUGCUUGACCGACCAGUUAUGUUGGGGAAAUCCGCGCGGGAUGAGCUACCUCUACUUCCAGACGCAAAAUUCGGCCUACGAAUGGCUGAACAACAACAUCACGACCUCAUGGAACUUCGCAUCGUACAAGCCCCAACCGACGCACGUCUUUAUCAAUAUUGGCACGAACGAUAACUAUUACGGGAUCAAUGGGACCGCAUUCGAGAAAGAAUACAUCUCCUUCCUGCACAACCUACGGACGAUCUAUCCCUCUCAGCCCAUCUUCGUGAUGUCGCCGUGGGGCUACCCUACCCCGUCCGGGCUCGUUCCCUACUUCCAGACCGAAGACGCCGCGGUCGUGGCGGGCGUCAAAGACAAGAACGUAUUCCUCGUGAACGGCACGGGCUGGAUCCAAUAUGGUGACACCUUCCCCGAUUACACCCAUCCGACACCGAACGGGCACUCGAAGAUCGCGUACCACAUGAUCGAUUAUUUACUGAAGUGGGGUUUGAAGGUGGACUGAGAGAGGGGGGAGCCAGGGAAAGCGAUAGGAUAAACGAAAAUGGGGGGAUAGUGGAUCACAACACAUUUGUAUUAAACAGAUCUACAAGCAAACCGCGAAAAUCACCCCAGGCUUGACACAAACGCCACAGGCAGCGAGCACAGCUCUCUCGCGCGAUGGAGAAAACCCUUGCGGAUCAUGUACCUGCGUAUUCACUCGGACGAGCGCCGGUGUACGCCCUCAAACCAUACAAGCUCGACGCCAUCCCUGCCCUGGCCAGCCCGUUGCUUGGCCUUCCCCUUCCCCUUUCGUCCCCGCUUCCCUGGUCCCUCCUCGUCCUCGUCCUCCUCAUCGACAUCGUAGUACUCGGCGCUCGCGGCCACUUCCGCUUGCGCGUCGGGAUGGAGCGCGUUCCACGCGCCCUUGACGCCGUUGAUAGCCUUGAGCAUCGGGGGCACGACGUCGUCGAACGCGGGCUCGAGCGACCAGAUCUGCAUCGAGCGCAGGGAGGGCGUGGGGAGGGCGAAGAGGAGCACGGCGAGCGAAGCGGGGUCGUACCGCGUGACUUGGGCCGCGAGCCGGGAGUCGCCGCAUGCAAGGAAUUCGUGUCGGGUGAACCACAUCGGACGGGGAGAUCUCCGCCGUUCGAUGUAAGGGUCCUCCACCCUGAACACGACCGCGCCUUUGUCGCCAGUCUUGAUGAACAUGUCGAUCGCGAACUGGACAGCCUCUUCGAGGUCGACCAGGCCUGUAAACGCGCGCGCGUCGCGGGAGUCCUGGUCGUCGUCGUCAAGCACGCGCAGGAUCACUCGUUCUGAAACGGGCACGUUUCGAUUUGCCAUGACCGCGCGGAUCUCGUCGGCUGGGGACAGAUCGCGAUCGUCCCGGUCCGUUCGCGUCGGCGGCUGGUGGGCGUACGCAGGCCCCGGGCGCGCGGAGGCUAAUUGCAAAUGCGCGCCGCCGCUGUCGGGAGGGCGCUGGUGCUGUGUGGCGACGAACUGCUUGCACGCGAUCUUGUGCUUCGGCCAGUCUUCGAGCUGGCAAUCUUUACCGCAGUAGGACACUUGUCGGCAUGUGCUGCACUGUUUGAGGAUCACGCCCUCGAGUCGUUCGCGAGGGGUCGUACAGUGCGGAUUGUUGCAUUGAGUCAUAACGAGCCUUUAGCUUAACGUCGGAUCGUGUUUGAUAUAAUAGUGAUUCCGAGAGCAGAGAGCAGACAGACAGAGCAAAGAGCAAAUAACAGAGCAAGGACGACGACAGCGAGAGCAGAUCAGAGUUCAGAGGAUCGUGUAGGUCAUGUUCGGUCGGUCAGAGAGAAGAGAUGAGGGUAACCAGCGAAGACGAGAAAACAAAGGGACGCCAGGGUCGUCGAUGCAUGG